ACAAACAGACUAGAACAGUGGGGGAAAACAUCAUACACAUUACCUAAAAUCCCCCUGCUUGUGCUGAGGUACAAGAGACUGCCGUUGAUAGGCUGAGCGAGGCCAUCAUCAUCCUCUCCAGAAUUCAGCGAAAUCUCUCUGUAUUUCUGUUUAUUCCUUUCCCUUUGUGUCUCUCGUAUCGGCACUACCAUCUUCAUUGUCAUCAUCAUCAUCAUGGGCAAUUGGCAACUGGAGGCUGGCAAGAUGUGCCUGUAUGUGUUUGCACCCAUCUCCGCAUUCUAUCUUUUUCAUCAGGUCGACUAUUUCGAGGAUUUCAUCAAAUCGUUUCAACGGAAACAGCGCAAUGAAGUGACCGUGAAAGAGGAGUCCCUUUUCAGGAAUAGCUUGAACGUCAUCCAAGAGGCCAAGACGCCUCAACAGGAUUUCC